GAGGCCAAGAACAAACAGGCCCCUAGAUUUUAUAUGCCCGCUCUAAUGAAAUUGCAUUAGGGCUCAGGAGAGAGUGGUACUUAUCCACCGCUUUGCUUUGGCCUUUGGCUUGCUUGGCCCCUCCCUCUCAUUCCUUUUGCUCAACUCACGGGUCCCUCCCGUCUUCCUCGUAGUUCACUUCUCUUUUACCACCACUGCCUCCAUCUCCAUGCCGUCGCUCGGACAAGGGUAGUGGUGCCGCAGUAGCAGUAGAGCUCAGCUCAGAGUGAAAGCGAAGCAAGAAGCGUUUUCGUCUGUGUUUGUUUGUUGAUGAGAGCGAUGGCCAGCGGCGGCGGCAACUGGUUAGGUUUCUCCCUCUCCCCGCACAUGGCCAUGGAGGUGCCCUCCUCUGAACCCGACCACGCUCAGGCUCAACCUGCUAGCGCUAGCGCUAUGUCCGCUUCUCCCACAAACGCCGCGACCUGCAACCUCCUAUUCUCCCAACCCGCGCAAAUGGCCGCUCCACCUCCUGGCUACUACUACGUCGGCGGCGCCUAUGGGGAUGGCACCAGCACCGCCGGCGUCUACUACUCCCACCACUCCGUCAUGCCCAUCACGUCCGAUGGAUCCCUGUGCAUCAUGGAAGGGAUGAUGCCAUCGUCCUCGCCGAAGCUCGAGGACUUCUUGGGUGGCGGCAAUGGAAGUGGGCACGACGCGGUCACCUACUACAGCCACCACCAGCAGCAGCAGGACCAACAGGACCAGGAGGCAAGCAGAAUCUACCAGCACCAUCAGCAGCAGCUAGCGCCCUACAACUUCCAGCACUUGACGGAAACGGAGGCGAUCUACCAAGAGACCACGGCGCCGAUGGAUGAGGCAAUGGCCGCUGCCAAGAACCUGCUCGUGACGAGCUAUGGCUCAUGCUACAGCAACGCGGGGAUGCAGCCGCUGAGCCUGUCCAUGAGCCCCAGGUCCCAGUCCAGCAGCUGCGUCACCGCAGCUCCUCAGCAGCAUCAGAUGGCUGCGGCUGCUGCUGCUGCUGCUGCCUCUAUGGCUGCUUCCCAGGGAGGCAGUAAUGGUGGUGGGGAGCAGUGCGUGGGGAAGAAGAGGGGCACUGGGAAGGGAGGCCAGAAGCAGCCCGUUCACCGCAAGUCCAUCGACACGUUUGGGCAGAGGACCUCCCAGUAUAGGGGCGUCACCAGCAGGCACAGGUGGACUGGGAGAUAUGAAGCCCACCUGUGGGACAACAGUUGCAAGAAGGAUGGGCAGACAAGGAAAGGGAGGCAAGUUUAUCUAGGUGGUUAUGAUAAUGAAGACAAGGCUGCCAGGGCUUAUGAUCUGGCUGCUCUGAAAUACUGGGGGGCGUCGACGAACACCAAUUUCCCGCUAGAAAAUUAUCGAGAGGAGGUCGAGGAGAUGAAAAGCAUGACAAGGCAGGAAUUCGUUGCACACUUGAGAAGGAGAAGCAGCGGGUUUUCUCGUGGUGCUUCGAUAUAUCGAGGAGUAACGAGGCAUCAUCAGCAUGGAAGAUGGCAAGCUAGGAUUGGCAGGGUUGCUGGCAACAAAGACUUGUAUCUCGGCACUUUCACCACUCAGGAAGAAGCAGCCGAGGCCUAUGACGUAGCCGCGAUCAAGUUCCGUGGCCUGAACGCCGUGACCAACUUCGACAUAACCAGAUACGACGUGGACAAGAUCAUGGAGAGCAGCUCUCUGCUGCCCGGGGACGAAGCGCGCAAGGUCAGGCCGAUCGAGGCGGCCAACCACGUGCCUUCCAUGCACAACGGCGGCGGGGAGCUCAGCCAUGCCGAAGAAGGAAGCUCAGGCGUCUGGAGGAUGGUGCUCCAUGGAACACCGCAGCAAGCUGCACAGUGCACCCCCGAGGUGGCCGACCUUCAGAAGGGCUUCAUGGACGGCGACCCUCGCUCGUCCCUGCAUGGCAAUGGCAUUGCCGGGUUCGACGUCGAGUCUGCCGCGCAUGACAUCGACGUUUCAGGCAAGAUUAACUACUCCAACUCGUCUUCCCUGGUGACCAGCCUCAGCAACUCGAGAGAGGGGAGCCCCGAGAGGUUCAGCCUGCCCUCGCUGUACACCAAGCAUCCCAACGCCGUCAGCCUCGCCACCAUGAGCCCGUGGAUGGCGAUGCCGGCGCCGACCGCCACCCACGCGUUGAGGGGGCCGAAUUCCUCCAUCCCUCCCAUGCCUGUGUUUGCUGCCUGGACGGACGCAUAGCCGCGCUGCUGCUGCUCAAAUCUUGCUGUCACUGGCCCUGUUGUCGUAACCUGGAGCUGGAUUAGUAGCGUCGGUUGCUCAUGCCACUUGUUUUAAGCUGGGAAGGCAAGGCUGGUUAAUUGGUUAUCACGAAGGUGAUGUAGUGGUAGUGGUACGUAGGAGAAGCAGGCAUUAGUCUCUAGCUCACCGAACUUGUAGCAGUACGUAGUGUUCUUACUUUCUUUUCUUUUGAGCCUCUUUUUUAUGUAAUUUCCUGGGAAUGUAUUAUCAUGCAUGCAUGUAUGGCUUACAACAAUGCAUGGAAGGAGGCUGUCCGAAGAAAAGUGAAA